UCAGGGGAUUAUUAGGCACAAGAAAUUCCCGUUUAUAAUUUUCACGUUCUCUUUGAGUAUUGGGACGCAGGUUAACCAAAUGACGGUCUUUGUCAUGUAUGUGAACGGCCUAGUGCUCAAAGAAUCCUUAAAAUCUCUUGUAAAUACAAAAAGUAAACACUCUGCAUCCAAAUUUUGCGUAGUUCCUCAUGUAGCUGUUAACUCACACUCUCUGGGAGUUGGAAUAUAAAGUGGCGCUGCUCUCCGCCGCACUCAGUCUUCUGAAAAGUCAAAAUCACCACGAUGUCUGAUGACGAGUCAACAGCGCUGGUCGUGGAUAAUGGCUCCGGCGUUCUGAAAGCUGGAUUCGCCGGUGAUGACGCUCCCCGUGCUGUCUUCCCCUCCGUCAUCGGCCGUCCUCGUCAUCAUGGUGUGAUGGUCGGUAUGGGUCAGAAGGAAGCUUAUGUCGGUGAUGAGGCCCAGAGCAAGCGAGGUAUCCUUACCCUCAAGUACCCCAUCGAGCACGGUAUUGUCACCAACUGGGACGACAUGGAGAAGAUCUGGCAUCACACCUUCUACAACGAGCUACGUCUGGCUCCUGAAGAAUGCGCCAUUCUCUUGACUGAAGCUCCUCUGAAUCCCAAGGCCAACCGCGAGAUGAUGACCAAGAUUAUGUUCGAGACAUUUCACGCUCCAGCUACGUAUAUAGCUAUCCAGGCCCUGUUGUCUCUCUACGCCUCUGGUCGCACCACAGGUUUAGUCUUAGAUUCUGGUGAUGGCGUGACUCACACAUGUCCCAUCUUUGAAGGAUAUGCUCUUCCUCAUGCCAUCCUUCGUCUUGAUCUAGCUGGCCGGGAUUUAACAAACUACUUAAUGAAGAUCAUGACUGAACGUGGUUAUUCCUUCACCACUACGGCUGAGCGAGAAAUAGUCCGGGACAUCAAGGAGAAACUCGGCUAUGUGACUUUAGACUACGAAAAUGAAAUGAAUAUUGCCUCCGCUUCUUUAUCACUCGAGAAGGCGUACGAGCUUCCUGACGGUCAGGUCAUCACCAUCGGCAAUGAACGGUUCCGUUGUCCAGAAGCUCUGUUUCAACCUUCCUUCCUGGGUAUGGAAUGUAUCGGUAUGCACGAAAUAGCUCAUUACUCAGUAAUGAGGUGCGACAUUGACAUCAGGAAGGACCUGUUCGCAAAUAUUGUCAUGUCUGGUGGUACCACCAUGUACCCUGGUAUUGCUGACCGCAUGCAGAAGGAAAUCACUUCUCUGGCUCCCUCCACCAUCAAGAUCAAGAUCAUUGCUCCUCCCGAGCGUAAGUACUCCGUAUGGAUCGGUGGCUCCAUCCUGGCCUCUCUGUCCACCUUCCAGCCUCUGUGGAUCACCAAGAGCGACUAUGAUGAGUUUGGUCCCGGUAUUGUCCACCGAAAAUGUUAUUAGCUAAACUAUUUAUUAAUAAGUCACUACACUUUUAUCAGAAUUGUUUGAAUAAAUCAUCUAUUUUUUAUAUAUAA